GCGCGUGUCCGCGGAGCCCCGGUGCUGCGGGAAGAAGGGGACCUUCCCCACCGGGGCUCCGGGAGGGGCUGGCGGGGCCCGCCCGCAGCCCAGCGCCCCGCCCGCGGCGGAACGCGGCUCCCUGCACCCGCCUCCUCGGCCCCGCCCGGCCCCGGACUGACAGGGCUGGCGGCAAAUCGCGGGGCCGGGCAGGAAGCGGAGGCGACGCUCGGCUGGGAACCGAAGUUGGGGGCCAAAGGCCCGGGCCAUGGGGGCCCCGCAGCGGGGGCGGAGCGCGGGGGCCGCUCCCUGAGGGAGCAGUGUCACCUUGGAGGAAUAUAACCUUGCUGCCUCACUGGCUGGCUGGAAAUACUGGCUGAUCUACAGUUCUGUCUCUGGUGCCUGCCCUGUCUCAGUGGAGCCUGGAGGGGGAAGAAGAGCAGCAAACAGGCUACAGAGAAAUUUUUUUGUGCUUCACUGAACUAAUCAUUGCUUGUCCAAGAAAAUAGAAUGGAUGGGAAGAACUGGUACCACGUUAAAGAUAAGGUGGUUCCAGCAGGGUGCAAGUCUCUUCUUUAAAGAGAAGUUCCAGCAUCAAAGGGGCUGAAAAGCAAACACUCCAAUCAACCAAAAUGGAAGGAGGCAACAGUCCAAACCUGCAACUUCAGCAACUGCCAUUGGCCACAGCAGCAGUUUCUGUGCAGCCACACACUGACUCCUUUUCUUACAAGGAGAACUUGAUUGGUGCAUUACUAGCUAUUUUUGGCCAUCUUGUUAUCAGUAUUGCACUCAAUCUCCAGAAAUACAGCCACAUCCGACUGGCAGGUUCCAAAGACUCCCGAGCCUACUUCAAAACCAAGACAUGGUGGUGUGGACUGUUCCUGCUGGUGCUGGGUGAACUGGGAGUGUUUUCCUCUUAUGCCUUUGCUCCUCUUUCACUGAUCGUGCCACUCAGUGCAGUGUCUGUUAUAGCUAGUGCAAUCAUAGGAAUUAUAUUUAUUAAAGAGAAAUGGAAGCCCAAGGAUUUUUUGAGGCGCUAUGUUUUGUCCUUUGUAGGCUGUGGUUUGGCAAUUGUUGGAACUUACCUGCUGAUAACAUUUGGACCUAAUAGUCAUGAGAAGAUGACAGGAGAAAAUAUCACUAGGCAUUUAGUGAGCUGGCCAUUUCUGUUGUAUAUGCUUGUGGAGAUCAUUAUAUUCUGCCUGCUACUAUAUUUUUACAAGGAGAGAAAUGCAAACUACAUUGUAGUUAUUCUUCUGCUGGUAGCUUUGCUGGGUUCCAUGACUGUUGUGACAGUGAAGGCUGUGGCAGGGAUGAUUGUUGUCUCAAUCCAAGGAAACUUACAACUUGACUACCCCAUCUUUUACAUCAUGUUGGUGUGCAUGAUUGCUACAACCAUCUUCCAGGCAACGUUUUUAGCUCAAGCCUCCCAGCUCUAUGACUCAUCUCAGAUUGCCAGCAUCAGCUACAUCUUGUCCACCACAGUAGCCAUCACAGCAGGAGCAACUUUUUACUUGGACUUCACCGGGGAAGAUGUUCUCCAUAUAUGUAUGUUUGCACUUGGGUGCCUCACAGCAUUUCUAGGAGUCUUCCUGAUCACAAGAAACAGGAAGAAAUCUGUACCAUUUGAACCUUACAUAUCAAUGGAUGCUAUGCCAGGCAUGCAGAACAUGCACGAUAAAGGGAUUGCAGUUCAGCCUGACCUCAAAGCUUCUUUUUCCUACGGUGCCCUGGAGAACAAUGACAACACACCAGAAAUUUAUACUCCAGCUACACUGCCCAUCGUGCAGGAGCAACAUGGUUCCAAAGGAGUUUCUGCUCCACCCUAUCGGGUGCUGGAGCACAGCAAAAAGGAGUGAGUGACCUUUAAGGAACUGAUUUGAAUCAUCAGAAGUAGGACCUUUAUUUAUUUACCCAUUAAAAUAUAAGCAAGUGUUAAAGCCAACCUUGAUAUAGUUUAAAGCUCGUCUCAAACUUCGCUUUCAAGGCUGAUUAUUAAAAUAAACAACUCUCUGUGGUUGAGAAGUUGAAAGCAUUUGUCUUAGCAAGAGGUAAAUCACAGUUCUCCAUUGGAAGCUGCUACCUGGAAGUGUGAAGUGGUGAGUGCAGCAUCAUGGCAGCAUGAAACCAGUGAGCCAGCAGAGACUGUGAGAACACAGAGCUGUGGGGAGAGAAGUGACUGUGCAAUUUUUAGUCCUGCUGGGAGUGGGUUUAUCUCCAAAUAGAAGUUUUCAGGAGUUGCUCACAGAGAGAGGAGGGCAGGAUUUAAUCUUUCAUAGACAGAGACCAUGAUGGAUUUCCAGAAAAGCUGUAAAUCCUCAUGUCUCUAGUGUAAGCACCAAACUACCUUAACAUGGCAAUAAAAUGUCACUGUUUUCAAGCAUGAAUACUGCAACCUACUGUGUCUUUAGAGCAGCAUAACUGGUUAGAGUAAGCAAGCUACUUUAGUCCUUCAAAAUGUGACUCUUGGGCACUUCUGUACAACUUUUCUCUGACUAGUGUUGAACACAUGCACUGAGAAUGUGAAUUGUUCUUACAGCACCACUGGCAGCUGAGAACAAAGAUUAUUUACCAGUUUUCUGGUUUCAUAGCAGGAGCUUAAAGUUGGAUUAAAUGGUGCAGAGGAAACACUGCAAAGUACAAGAAGAGAUGGGAAUGGUAACAUGACUGGUGUCUGGUUGUACUUAAUGUAGUUUUUUACGAGGUCCUAAUGCUCUAUCACUUAUUUUCUUUCUGGUUAAGGCAGGAUUUCCAACUUUGUUUAGUGAUCUUAAGUACUUAAAGGUGUUGACCUUCCUUAGUUAGAAAGCUCAGUCUAGGUGGUACAGACUGGGAUCCCCCCUCUUAAUUGGGUUUUGGGUUUUUUUUCUCAAAAAAGGCAAAAAGGGAUACUAGUUUAAUAUUGUAAAUGGCCUAAGAAGAAAAAAAAAAUAGAAGCACAUACAGUCCAGCACUCCGUGAGGACUGUAAGAAUAAUGGGACAUUGUGUACUUAUGAUAUUUAUCUUUCCAGCUUCCAAGAGAUGGCUAGAAGCUGAUAGGAAGGGAGAAUAGACACAAGGGGGGGGAACUUUUCAAAUGAAAAGGGCAAAGUACACCAUAUAUUGGCAGAUGGAAGUGACACUGGCUCUUGGAGAUCAUAAUCUUUUCUAAAAGCUGUUGUUUUGCUGGGAAACAGAAUUUUAAAGUCUACUUGGUGUGUCUUGGACUGUAUAUGUAGUGAAGUACCUGCAGGACCUUAAACGACUUUGUUUGAGAUGAACAGUGCCAGUGUUCUCUGCAUUUUUAAGUGGUUCCUCUGAUAGCAAGGAGUUUGGGAGGCUCUUGGAUUUGCAACAGUGGCUUUUUGCAUUUUUAUUUAUUUAUUUUAAAUUGACUCGUGGCCAGUUUCUGUUCCCACUACCAAAAAUUCAUGAGAACUCAGCUGAUUUGUAUAUAGUUAUUCCAGGUUCUUGCUAUUGUAUAUGACAAAGGACUGUUCUUUUGCAUAUGGUUGCUUUGCCAGCUCUGAAUACUAAUUAUUUAAUCUGGAAAUAGCUGAGAUUGCUUUGGCAUUUUUGUGCAGCUUUGAAAAAUGAUAACUUUUCCCUCCUGCAAAGAGUAGAUACCUAGUGGCUGUACCUGUACCUAUACGUGAAGUUUCUUCACCAACUUGGCAUGUCUGAAAAUUCAGAUCUUAUCAGUGACAUCCCAUACCCUGCAGCUUAUGAAACCUCAAGAAAUAACAGCUUUUCUUUUCUCCUCAAUACUUUUUUGUGUUUAAGUAAGAUAACAAUGUUAAUGGGCUAAUACUGCCAGAACAUUCAUCUUGUUGGAGUUGUGGUGACACUGAUUUACUGCCUUUGGCUUUGAAUCUCUGGCAAUCAAUUGUUUGUGAAUUUAGGUGCAGCUUUUGUUCAUUAACAAUACAAAACAAAGCAGUACAGGGUGGCUGAGUGGGAAGGGUACAAGAAUGCUGGCUUUCCUUAUCUCUUCUAAUCAAUGAGGCAGUAGCUGUUUUGACCUAUUAGUUAAACCACAGAAACAGACUGUUUUAAAACAAGCUGUGCUAAACCAUGCAUAGCUAGAACCCCCCACUUUUUACAUGGCAAUAUUACCUGUGUUUAAUUAUUACAGCUCUUGCUGUCAAAUAAAAUAAUUACUCAGGAGCUCCUAAAUGUUUUUACUCCUGCGAUUAGGAUGGUCCUGUGUUAGCAGUUUUCUCAGUUGUUAAUUUUUCAGUAGUACUUAAAAACUGCCCUUGACUGGUGUGCAGACUUCAGAGCCAGUAAAAUGGCUGCUUAGGUUUUUCUCCUACUCGUGGCACUUGACAUAAGAGACAGACAGAGUGCUCUGCCAGGGGAAGAGUGCUCCUCUGAUGCAGAGGCCCUGCUUGUGCUUCUCUUUUGUGGGCUGCUCUCUGGCCUGAUUCAGUGAUUAUUUCUUUGCAAUAAACUGCCUGGAUCCUCCUCAGCCCUGCAGCCUGAGCACUGACCCACUCCUGGCCUCCCUGUCCUCUCUGCCAGGGAGCCUAUGGCUGUCUUCUGCUCUGGGUAAAAUUUCAAGCCAGCUUUUGUAUUAUUGUGCUAUUUUGGCCCUUUUCUUUCAAAGACUCUAAAAGCAAGAGUCUUGCUCCAAAGCUUUAUAUCACCAUGCUUUAUUUACACAGUCUGUGUGCAUUUAAAUAAUUCUACUUAAUAAUGACAGUUUUUACCUGCAGCAAAACUUGCCCUUGGAAACUUCCUGACAAAGGUCUCCAAGGGAGGUGAUGUCUGUUUCUACAGCAUAUAAAUCACAAUAUUUGUGGUUAGUCCAUUGUCCCACAUCAGUGGAGCCUCAGGUGUUCCUUGGGCUGUUCAACUCAAUGCACUGAUGUGGUAAAGGUUGCAUUUUUGCCACUGCAAGCACAGCAGUGGGACUGUUGGGUUGCACCUCACCCCAGCUUGCUACCUAUGUUCAAUACUUGAAGUUUGAAAUGUGCAGGGUUUUUUGUGUUUUUUCUCUUGCUUUUUCUCCCAAGCUUCCCAAAGUUUUUUUUUCUGCUCUUCAGCAGUAUUACAGCUGCCAGCUCUGUUGCUGAGGAGGCAUGAACAGGGCCCCUGAAACACCUGUUUAAAUUUGACUGCAGGACUUGGGUGCUCUUUCCAACAGUGGGAGGGUGUAGGUCAGGACUGAAAUCAACUCCCUACCUCCCUUCUAGUUCAGAGCUUACAAGCUGAAAACAGCUUUUGUACCCUCAAGUCUAUACUUACAGAAUAUUUGUUGGUCUGAGGUGACAAGAGCCAUGCCCAGGAUUGCAGCAAACAUUUCCAGCUAAACAGCACAUCCAGAUUUAAAGGAGAGGAGCCUUGUGCCACAUUCUAGUACUUCUUGCAGCAUGAAAAAGAAUCUGUUGGUGUCCAGCACACUGUAACACGUGUAUGGCAGAGCCUCAGUUUAUCCAGGGCUGAUCCUGCAAGGCAGGGCACUGCCAACAGCAGAGUUCUCCUAGAUUCCCACAUGGGCAGCAUUUUUCAGCAUCAAGGGCUGAAAAAGCGGGCACAAAAAUCAACUGACUGCUGCCUCCUUUACUGAACAGGUAGAAUAGCUCCUUGACUCUUAUCUCCCAGCUGCUUUAUCAAAUGUGAAUUGACAUCUCUUGCCUCCCCACUGUGUGGCUUUUCAAUGCACCAGAGCACUUAAUACUUCUCAGUGUGUAUCUUACCUGUAACUUAAUGCUGUCAAUACAGCUCCUGUGUUGGCUGAAUGUACAAAUGACCUGCCUACAAUGUUCUCUUGUUCACAUCAAAUUGUGUAAAUAAAUCGAGCUUAACACUAUAACUUAAAGAUAACUUGCUUAAUUUUUCAUAAGCAAUGUUGCAUGUCUAAUUCAAUUUGUCUUUUAGGUGAGACCUUUGGGAAUGAAACUUAAUAAAACAUCAUAGUAAAACCUACAGAAUUUUGGCCUGCUUCAAGCUCUUAGUAUAGCUUUAACCUGCCAUAAAUAUCUCAAGACAGAAUAAAUAAAGGCAGAAUUUGAUUUACUUCUGUAAGAGCA